AAAAAAACGUGUGUUUCUGCCUGUGUCAUAUUACCGAGGAGAACAAUGAAACGGCAAGUACCGUUUUUUGUCUCGUUCCUUUUUGUCAGCUCCGUUUUGGGGCAUGUCAGCUACUCCAUUAACGAGGAAAUGUCAGUGGGUUCCGUAAUUGGAAGAAUAGCACAAGAUUUGGGUUUGGACGUAGAGAAACUAAGAUCACGCAAGGCUCGUGUGUUUUUUGGUGAUAGCAGAGAAUAUAUUGAGCUAAAUAAAGACAGGGGAGUCCUCCUUAUCAAAGAAAGAAUAGACAGAGAGACGCUCUGUGGUCAGAUGAUUCCAUGUGCUCUACAAUUCCAAAUUAUUUUAGAGAAACCUAUUGAAUUUUACAGAGUACAUGUUGAAAUUGUGGAUAUAAAUGAUAAUGCCCCCCUUUUCGAAAAAGGGGAUUUUAAAUUUAAAAUAAGCGAGUCUGCAGUCAUCGGGUCGAAAUUUGAUUUAGAAAGGGCGGUGGAUUUGGAUGUGGGAAUUAAUGGUCUCCAAAACUACAUCCUCAAACCGACUGAUAAUUUUGCUCUUAAAUUACACAAUCAGGCAGACGGCUCCCGAAAUGUUGAGAUGGUUUUAAAACAGCCUCUUGACAGAGAGAAAAAUGAACAUUUAUCUUUAGUGUUGACGGCCGUAGAUGGAGGAGAACCUCAGCUGUCAGGGACAAUGCAGAUUCAGAUCACGGUGUUAGAUGCUAAUGAUAAUGCACCCGUUUUCACAAAGUCGGUAUACAAAGCUAAUGUCGCAGAAAAUUCACCAAGAGGCACAGUUGUAACUAUAGUCAGUGCAUCAGAUGCUGAUUAUGGAUCAAAUGGACGAAUAACGUAUUCGAUCGGAAAUACUUUAGACGAUGUCAGACAGUUGUUUGAGGUAAAUGAACACACAGGCGAGGUUAGAUUAACAGGAAAUAUUGACUACGAAAAGUCAAACAAUUAUCGGAUAAAUGUGCGUGCAAGUGAUGACGGAGGACUAACGGACACAUGCAAAGUAAUAGUUGACGUUAUAGAUGUGAACGAUAAUCACCCCAUUAUUAACAUAAUGUCUGAAACAAAUGUUAUAUCUGAAGAUAUCAAAAGCAACACUGUAGUGACAAUAAUUAAUAUUCAAGACAUAGACGACAGAACGAUGCAGCGGAUACAGAGUGAAAAGAGCAUCCUGGAUGAACCAGACUCUCCUCUAGAGAGAAUACGUCGAGUUAAACGCCGAGAGAGGACUCCUUCUAUUGAAAGGGAAGACAGGCGCUUUGAAAUCAGCGAGUCUGCAGUCGUCGGUUCUAAAUUCAUGCUAGAAAAAGCAAUAGAUCCAGAUAUAGGAUUAAAUGGUCAUCAGAGCUAUACAUUGAAGCCCAACGACAAUUUUAUACUUAAAAUGAACAGUCAGUCUGAUGGUGGUAAAAAGGUCGAGAUGAUUUUACAGAAGUCUCUAGACAGAGAGAAGCAGGAGUAUGCAUCAUUGCUGUUAACAGCUGUUGAUGGAGGAGAGCCUCAAAGGUCUGGGACUAUGCAGAUUCAUAUUACAGUGUUAGACGUUAAUGAUAACGCCCCUGUUUUUACACAAACCGUUUAUAAAGCUGAAAUCAAAGAGAACUCAGUCAAUGGGACAGUCAUUACCAAAGUGAGCGCCUCCGAUGCAGACAAAGGCUCUAAUGGGGAGGUUAGCUACGUAAUUGGAAAUAGCAUGAGGGGCCUUUCAAAUGUAUUCGUCAUUAUGGAAGACGGGCAUCUUGUACUAAAUGCCCCUGUUGAUUAUGAAAAAGCCCAAAAGUAUGAGAUUUACGUAGAGGCAGUGGACAGAGGAGGACUGUCUGAUUCGAGCAAAGUCAUUAUUGAUAGUGACGCUGUUGACCAGGAUGUAUCAGUUCGUCGCUGA